AUGACAAUUGUGAAUCUUCCAGAGCGAGCUGAGAAGCUUGGAUCAAUAGGGAAAUCACAAAGCCACAACCGACAUUUAUUGAAGCCACAUGCACAAAGACGGACAAGGACUUAUGGUGUCGUUGAAGAGAUAAUAGAAAGAGACGCAACAGCUUGGAUGCUUUCUGCUCUCUGGUUAGAAACUGUGAGUAUGUGUAGGACUUUCACACAAACUCUCCAUCCUGUUUUGAAAGGCUUGACCUCGGACAGGUACUAUCCGGUUCAACAAAUGGUUCAAAAUCACACAAAUGGUUUAGAUUAUAAUCUGUUCAAUAUGACAACAGAAGAGUAACAAAGAAUCGCAUAAAUGGUUUAUAUUUUAGUUAAAGUUCAAAUAGUUAGUAUCGUUUAAUUUAUUUACAAAGUUUAUACAUUUAUUUAUAUUAAUUCAUUAAUAGCAAAUGAUGUAAUAAACACGUUAGACAAAGAUUAAUUUAAAAUUAGGAUCCUCUUUUAAUAGUAUAAAUUUAUUUUACAAUUUAUGAACACAG